CGAACUCAGCCAGACGCGGCGCCCCACCACACCACAUACCUUCUCUCACCUCUCUCUCUCUCUCUCUCUCUCUAGAUCUCAUCCAUGGCUGCCUCUCUUUCCAUUUUCCUUCUAUUUUCUUUCACUUUCCUUCUCACUUUCUCUCUUGCUCAGAAACCCAGUUCACAAAACAUUGGUAUAGUCCUUCCAGUGAUCAAAGAUGUCUCAACACUCCAAUAUGCAACCCAUAUGCAUCAUGGUAGUAAUCCAACGGUUCCCAUCAAGCUCGUGGUUGAUCUUGGCGGUCCAGUUCUCUGGCUUGAUUGUGCCUCCGGACACAUGCCAUCAUCUCAUCGUCCCAUCAACGGUGGCUCACUCGAAUGCUCAAGGGCAAAUAUAGCCAACGGUUGUGAUUGUAGUGUUGACACGGUCAACACCAUCACACAUGGUGCCACACGUGGGGAGCUAGUUGAAGACGUUGUGGCCGUUGAUUCCGUUGACCGAUCAGGUCAGGUGACUUCAAUCACCACCGUCGAUCACUUCCUAUUUUCAUGUGUACCACCAUGGCUACUAAAUGGCCUAGCAAGUGGCGUGAAAGGAAUGUUGGGCCUUGGGAGGGCUAGAAUAUCAGUACCAUCACAACUUGCCACCAGCUUCGGCUUCCAACGGAAAUUCGCCAUCUGUCUAUCAUCGUCAAACGGUAUCGUUCUCUUGGGUAAUGAGCCUUAUGUCUCGAUUUUUGAGCCCGACUUGCCGAAUUCACUGAUGUACACACCCCUAAUUUCUAAUCAAGAUGGCGCUUUAGAAGAUUACUACGUUAAUGUGAAGUCCAUUAAAAUAAAUGGCAAGAGAUUGUCACUUAGUACAUCAACACUAUCCAUUGGAGGGACAAAACUAAGUACAAUUGUUCCUUAUACCACUAUGGAGAGCACAAUCUAUGACACAUUUAAAAGAGCUUAUAUCAAGAUUGCCACCUCAAUGAACAUGACUCGGGUUGCAUCUGUAGCACAUUUUGAUGUCUGUUUUAGUUCUGAUGGGCUUGAAAAAACAUGGGGCGGGCCUGCAGUGCCGGUAAUUGAUUUUGUGUUGCAAAGUGAGAUGGUGAAGUGGAGGAUCCAUGGGAGGAAUUCGAUGGUGGAGGUGAGUGAUGGAGUUCUUUGCUUAGGGUUCUUGGAUGGAGGUGUGAGUCCUAAGGCUUCAAUUGUGAUAGGGGGUCAUCAAUUGGAGGAUAUUCUUCUAGAGUUUAAUUUGGGUACUUCAAUGCUUGGAUUUAGUUCAUCAUUGUUGAUGAGGGACACUAGUUGUUCCAACUUUAAAUUGUAUUCCAUGCCUAGUGAAUCACUUUGAUUCAGAUCUGAUUUAGGAUUUUUUGUAUUAAUUUUGAUUGUAAAUUAGCGAAAUAGUUAACUCCAAGAUUUAUAAGAACAUUAUUGGUAUGGCAAGAUUACAAACCAAA